CGUGUGUUCAUGCAUUACGGAAAAUUGAAAAUAUCACCAACAUCAGAUGGAAUGGUCACCGAGGAUACGGCACGCAAACUGCAUCUGAAUUUGAAUAUGAACGUGAAUUUAAACGAUGUCUAUCCGAGUGUCUUCAAAAUAAAAACACCGAGCACGUGGCGAAAAGAGAGUGUUUAUUCGGAUGGUAAGGAACCGUCGUAUAUGGUUAUGUCACAUUUCGCGAGAACGACAAAAUUGGCUCACAUAGCAUCGAAAGUGAGCCAUUUUCAAUCAUUUGAAGUGUCAUCAGCGCGGAGUGAUGAAACUUUGCAAGCGGAGAAUGAAGUAGGGGAUGAGUCGAAUGAAACGUGGAAAGACAACAAUACGAGAGUUGGAAAUAAACUCGAUGAAAAACGCUCGCAAUUCGAUGGUUAUUACGGUUCAUUACUUAUCAGCAGUUUCACGAAGAUGCCGCUCGUUUAA